AUGUCGCCGCCGAACUCUGCCCGGACGUGCUCGAGCCUUCGAAUGUGGCUCGCCUAUGUCGUACACGCUAUUGCUCCUUCCUCUGCAUCCAGCCCACCUGCACUCCCACUUUCUACGCUUGAUCUAGGAACACCUCAAACCUCUACCCCAGUCGCCCUGGCUCUGACGACAUGGAAAUACAGGGACUCUUCCCCUCCCAUUGGCAGCAAGAUGCUGAAUCGGGAGCUCUGGAAGGGUCUCCUGUCUUGGACAACGCAGAAGAAGACUCCUCAAGCCGUUGCUCGAUCGGAGAACUCGGCAAACGGCUGCGUCUCUUCUCGCCUUCUCUGCCCCAUUCAGCCCGAAGAUCUCGUCUCCGGGGGACGGCCCUCGACACCCUGCUCUACGCGCACGCCACUAGCUUCUAUCACCAACCUCAUCCGCACACCCACAACCAAACACGCCAAAUCUCCGCUGUCUCCCUUACCUUCUGCAGCCAGCCCAGCCGAAUCUCGCCUUUCGGAGGAGCUUGAGGAGUGCUACAAGACACUCGAUCCGUUCUCCAUGAGCUCAGAGUCAUUCUUCUCGCCAGAUACAGUCCACGCUCAGGUAUCCAUGGGUGACAUCGGCAACGUCCGCGUCUACGAGCACACUCCCAAGAUCGUGCAGUCGCCAAGUUAUCGCUCCUUCCUCAAGUCUGUCCGGGCUGUGUCAAGCAAAGAACCGCGCAUCAAGGAGACCCAUGUGUACGAUCUGAUGGUUUACAACUAUCAGUCCGUCGCUCUCGUCAAGAAAAGGCGAACACCGAAGACUGGUAUUCAAGUGACCUUGUGA